AUGUCAAGAGUUGGUGUACUUGUAUUGGGGCCCGCAGGUGCGGGCAAAAGUACCUUUUGCAACUCCAUCAUUUCUCACAUGCAAACUAUAGGACGCAGAGCUCACAUCGUGAAUUUGGAUCCAGCAGCCGAAGCUACAGAAUACGAGUUCACAAUAGACAUAAGAGACCUCAUUUCGUUGGAGGACGUAAUGGAAGAGCUGCAUUUGGGGCCCAACGGCUCGUUGAUAUAUUGUUUUGAAUAUUUGAUGAAUAAUCUGGAUUGGCUAGAAGAAGAACUCGGUGAUUACAAUGAUGAGUAUUUGAUUUUCGACUGUCCAGGCCAGAUCGAACUUUACACUCAUAUUCCGGUUCUGCCUGCGAUAGCCCGUCAUUUGCAAACGCAACUGAAUUUUAGCUUGUGUGCCACGUACCUCUUGGAAGCGCCAUUUGUGAUAGACUCCUCCAAGUUCUUCAGUGGAGCGCUGAGCGCGAUGUCUGCCAUGAUCCUUCUGGAGCUGCCGCAUAUCAACAUCUUGAGCAAGAUCGACCAAAUUAAAGACGACUACAGUAGAAAGAAAUUGAAACGAUACCUAAAUCCCGACCCUACACUGUUGCUGGAUUCCACGAACGAGACCUGGAAUCCAAGAUUUCAGAAACUCAACAAGACUAUAGCCAACUUAGUGGACGACUUUGGAAUGGUUCAAUUCUUGCCCCUGGAAGCCAAGAACCCGGACAGUGUUGCGGCUAUUUUAAGUUAUGUGGACGACGUGACUCAAUGGGCAGAGGGCCAAGAACCGAAGGAACCCAACGACCAGAUCGAACUAGACGACCUGUAA